CGACCAGAGAGAGGACAACUGUACUGUACUCUGUGAUAUGACAAGACAUAAUGAUCCAUAGAAACAACACAUAAUAUGACUGCUGCCACUGAAUGGGUGUGAAUUGAAUUUUUCACAAUUACAAUAAAUCGUUUUGUAAAGAUAUAUUUUUGCUUAUCACCUUUAAUGAAAAACAUCAUCUACAAUAAACAAUAUGAGCAAAAAGUGUGCUAGAUGUGACAAAACGGUGUAUCCAACCGAAGAAUUGAAAUGUCUGGAUAAGAUAUGGCAUAAGCCAUGCUUCAAAUGUAAAGAAUGUGGAAUGGCUCUCAACAUGAGAAACUAUAAAGGAUUCAAUAAGGAACCUUACUGUGAAGCCCAUAUUCCAAAAGCCAAAGCUACAACAAUGGCUGAAACUCCAGAAUUAAAAAGGAUUGCAGCCAAUACAAAGAUCCAGUCAAAUGUUAAUUAUCACGCCGAUUUUGAAGCUAGCAAAGGAAAAUUCACACAAGUAGCUGAUGAUCCUGAAAUGUUGAGGAUUAAGCAGAAUACCAAAAUAAUAAGUAAUGUAGCAUACCAUGGAGAGCUGCAACGAAAAGCUGAAAUGGAACAAAAAAGACAACUUAAUGAAAAUGGACUAGGAGAACCACAACUGAUGUCAUCACCCACACCAAUAGAUCAUAAAAAUGCCAAUCAGGGGCCACCUAGCUAUCAACAUCCUCCAUCAUUCAAUCCAAACACGAAUGUUGCUAAAAUUAAUGAUUAUGACACUAGCUCAGGUAUGGGGGCGAGUCCCUAUUCUUCUAGAAAUUCACAAACUUUAAUAUAUUCAUCGGAUCACGGAGGAGCAGUUCACAAUGUGGGACAGAAUCAACAUAUUGGUUCUGUUCUUGAUAUGGAUCCUGUUAAUCAUAAUUAUGGUUCUCUAGGAAGAGUUUACCGUGCUAUGUAUGAUUAUGAAGCGCAAGAUGUGGAUGAAGUUAGCUUUGUUGAUGGAGAUUUAAUAAUAAAUGUUAGCAGUUUAGAUGGUGGUUGGAUGACAGGACAAGUUAAGCGUACUGGUCAAGUUGGGAUGCUACCAGCAAAUUAUGUACAAUUAGCUACCAUUUAACUACAUAUGUUUGAAUUUUUAUUUUAAACUGGAUAUCUCCAAUUUUUUAAUUAGGCCGAGUUGUGUUAUCUCUUAUUAAUUUCUUCAGCAAAGUUAACACAGAUAUGCUGGUAUACAUAAUGAAUACUGUUAACCUCAAUAUGUCAUUUAUUUUUUAUAACUUUAUUAUAACAUCUAUUUGUGUAAAGUCUAUAACGUUUCCAAUUAAUUCAAUUAUACAAUUUGAUUAGUGGGAAACAUCUCUGUUUAAUUCUCCAACUAAUGUCAUUUGAGUUUUUGAAAUGUUUUCUGCUCAAAGCACAAUUAUUUUAUGACUUUUCAAAACAUUUUCUUCUGAAAUAAUAUCAAUUCAUCAUCAUUUUCAUUCCCUUCAAGAUAGGUACUAUAAACACUGUCAAUAGUUGAACUCUAUUCUGAGAGUAAUAAAUUGGAGAUAAUCAUGGCCUAAUCUUGCCAAAGUGGAAUAUCAAAUUCAUUUCACAAAUAAAAAUGACAGAAAUUCAAAUUUUUGAAAUGUCUUCCAGUUAAUUUUGGGUAAAACGAGAGAGUAAAAUAAAAAGAACGCUAUGUCAAUUUAAAAUGUUUUGUUCAUUGUUGUUUUUAUGAUAAGGUUCUCGAUUUCAUGAGAAGACAGGAAAACACUUGAAGAACUUUUAUAAAUACAUAUUAAAUAUAUUCGCUGUAAUCUGAUCAUUUUUUUUAUCAAUUGAUUACUGAUUAUGUGUUUUUUUACUACUCUCGAAUUUUUCUGUUAGUAAAGAGUACAUUUUUUGUCUUAUCAUAUUUCAUACGAAGAGUAAUGAAUAAUAGAUUUCUUGAAAUAUUACAAUAUUCGCUGCAAUUAUCCACUCAUUUACUGAUCAGAAACUUAAGUUAUGGUGAUUAAAGCAAAAUAGCAUUCCUUUCUGCAUUUAUUUUUUAUCUAUAUUUAAAAUCAUUGUAAGUUCUAUAAAAAAAAAACGAAUAUUAAUUAUUGACAUUUAUUGCAGUACUGUUUCUAAUAAUUUGAUAUCUGAUUUGUGAUCAAAAACGAAGUGCCUAAUUUUACUAGCCUUGAAGAACGAAUUUAAAUUUUCUUGAAUUCAUCACAAAAGUUUAAAACAUAACUGACAAAUUUUAAUUAUAUCAGUGUUUUGAACACUAAAAAGGUAGGUGCUUGAAAUAGAUCAUUUUUGGUAUUUCAUCAAAUGAAAUAUUUACAUCACUACUGUGUACAUUUUGAAGUUUUAAUAUAUAUAUAAAACUUUAUAUCUAUUUAAAUAUAUAUAAAUUUAUAUAUAUUAGUUAUGAUAUGCUUUAAUUUUUUUCACUCAUAAUUAUUAUAUAUGUUGAUUAAAAAGUCCUAAUGAUAA